AUGGCUACUUUCAAAGAUUACAACUACGAGCACUUCAUCGUCACCACACCUGGACAAUUUGUCGUCCACGUCGAGAUCAACCGCCCAAAGAAGCUCAACGCAUUCUCAGAGCCCGUGUGGCGCGAGUUCGGCGCCCUCUUCAACCGCCUCAGUCACGAUGCCGACGUCCGCGCCAUAGUUCUCUCCGGUGCCGGAGACCGCGCCUUUUCGGCCGGCCUCGACGUUCAGUCUGCCAGCGAGGGCGUUCUCGGGAGCAGUAUCGGCGGAGAUGUGGAUCCUUCACGCUUCGCGACCACCAUGCGCCGUCACAUCGUUGAGUUUCAGGAAGCUAUUGCUGCGGUAGAAAAGUGUGAGAAGCCCGUAAUCUGUGUUCUGCACGGAAUCUCCAUCGGAAUCGCAAUCGACAUUUCGUGCUGCGCAGACGUCCGCAUUUGUGCACGGAACACGCGCUUCGCCGUCAAGGAGGUGGACAUUGGCCUGGCAGCCGACAUUGGCACCCUGAGCCGGCUGCCCAAGCUCGUGGGCAGCACGUCGUGGGUCAAGGACGUCUGCCUGUCGGCGCGGGACUUUUCGGGCGAGGAGGCGCUGGCCGUAGGCUUCGUCAGCCAGAUUCACGAGAACAAGGCGGCGGCACUCGACGCCGGUUUGCGGCUUGCGGGCUUCAUUGCGAGCAAGAGCCCCGUGGCGGUGCAGGGCACAAAGGAGCUGUUGAACCACGCGAGGGAUCACUCGGUUGCAGAGAAUUUGCGUUACACCAGUGUAUGGAACGCAGCCAUGUUGCAGUCGAGUGAUUUCAAGGCUGCGAUGACGUCCGGGUUGACCAAGACAAAGCCAACGUUUGCGAAACUUUAA